CUAAAGAAAAGAGGUUAGAUUUUUAUUUGGGUCAGAAAAGUAAAAUUUUCUAUUAAAUUAUAUGAAAUUUACUGAAAGAUGAUAAAAUUUUAAAACUUGAAUCGAAUGAAAAUAUGUAUCCAUAAUAAUCUCACCAUGUAUGCGAAAUAUAUUAUGUUCAAUUCUAUUUUUAAAACUUAAUCAGCCCAAAUAACAGAUGUGAUAUCAGUAGAUCCUGUUGUAGUAAAAAUGGAUGGGGAAAAAGAUGAUAGAAAGCUCUCUUGGUCUGAGCUCAAAGGGGUUGUCAGUGACCUUAGAAGACAGCUCUCCAGUUUGUCUACAAUGGUACCAUCAUCUAUAACAUUUAGGACUUUACAAGAUGGGAGAUCUAGGAUAUACUUUCUUAGUACUCCUCAGAACGGCUGGGAGACAACUCUGUUGUUUGCGGAUGUACCUAAUACUAUCCAACCAACUAGUUUAAGACUUCAGUGGCAAUGUGUGAUAGAAUCAAAUUUUCCAAGUAUUUCAUCUACGAACAAGUUUUCUAGGGAAGAACAAUUAUUAUGGGAACGAAAACGAAUGACUACCUGGGGAAUUAAUUCAUAUGAAAUUCAUAGUGACAGUGGUAAAAUUGUGUUUCCAGCUGCCAGUAGUUUGUUCCAGUGUGUUGAUAACGGAUUAUCAAAUGGCCAACUUUUUCCCACAAAACUUCGUAUGACAGCUUCUGGAGCGAAGAUCAAUUCCCAAAUAUGUCCUUCGAACCCCGAUUUAGUAGCUUAUAUUUGCAAUCAUGACAUAUGGGUAACGCACACCGUGUCCGGUUCAAAUGAAAGAUUAACUUAUGCCCAUGUAGGCGGAAGAUAUCUAGCAGAAGAUCCGUUGUGUGCUGGAGUCCCUUCCUAUGUUAUGCAAGAGGAGUUUUCUAGGUAUCAAGGCUAUUGGUGGCAACCUAAAUCUAGCGAUGGUGUAUAUAGAAUUCUGUACGAAGAAGUAGACGAGGGUGAUGUUAAAGUAUUUUGUUUUCCUUCUUCUCAGUCUGAUUCCGGCGAUGUGGAAGAAUUCAGGUUUCCACGAGCUGGCUGUGCCAAUUCUAAGUCAUACCUGAAGAUGAUCAAGUUCAAAGUUAAUGAACAUCUUCAAAUUGUGGACGUGUGUAUGUUAGAAAUGCGUUUUUCCUUGUCCGGCCUCUUUCCUUGGAUGGAGUAUGUCGUAAGAGCAGGAUGGACACCCAAUGCCGAAUCAAUUUGGGUUCAACUACUUGAUAGACGACAAGAAAGGUUACAAUUAGUAUUACUGUCUCUUCAAAAUUUUAUUGAAGUGGUUCCUAUUAGUAUUGAUCACGAUAGCAAUCCUGUAGUGCAAGUAAUUUAUUCUGAAGAAUCCGUUAUUUGGGUUAAUGUUCACGACUUACUAUAUUUCUUACCAACUACGGAUAAUAACGAGGUGCAAUUUAUUUGGGCAUCGGAAGAAAGCGGCUUUCGGCACUUAUACUUGAUCUCAGCCCAAGUAGUGCCAUACGGAUUAACAGACACCAUCUCGUACAUAUUUAAACAGCCAAAAAUCUUGUCGAAGGUAGCACUUACCAGCGGGAACUGGGAAGUGUUAGGACAGAAUCUUUGGGUAGAUAACGAAAGACAGCUAGUGUAUUUUAUGGGUCUAAAAGAAACGCCUCUAGAAAAGCAUUUGUAUGUAGUAUCGUUAAGAAGACCUGGAGAAGUGAGGUUGUUGACGCGACCUGGAUUUUCGCAUUCUGUUGAUUUUAAUAAGGAUUGUUCGAUGAUAGUAACAGUAUAUAGCAAUAUUCAAAAACCCCCCGACUGCCAAGUAUUCCGGAUAGUACAUACCGAUUGGACAGUAGAAGGAGUGAAAUUGACACCUUUAGGUUACCUUAUGGAAUCUUUGCCUUUAGUUAGUGAAUGUUAUUCUCCCGAGUUGUUCACGCAUAAGAUUAGUUCUGGUCACGUUUUGUAUGCCAUGGUAUUUAAACCUCACGACUUCGAAUGCGGGAAGAAGUAUCCAACGGUUUUGAAUGUAUAUGGCGGACCCGAGGUGCAAUUGGUAUCAAAUACAUUUAAGGGCAUGAGGCAAUUAAGGAUGCACAUGUUAGCCGCUAGAGGAUAUUGUGUAGUAGCAAUUGAUUCUAGGGGAUCUCAGCAUCGAGGUUUAGUAUUUGAAAGUUACAUAAAAAAACGAAUGGGUACAGUAGAACUUAAAGAUCAAGUAGAAGUUUUACGGUGGUUAAGCGAAAGUCUGCAGUAUAUAGAUUUAAGUAGAGUAGCUAUACAUGGAUGGUCAUACGGUGGAUAUCUAAGUUUAAUGGGCCUAAUAAGUUAUCCAGAAAUAUUCAAAAUAGCAAUAGCCGGAGCGCCGGUAACGAAUUGGAGUUUAUACGAUACGGGAUAUACGGAGCGAUACAUGGAUCUUCCCGAAUUUAAUCACGAUGGUUAUCAUAGUGGGAACGUACUCAACUAUAUUAAUAAAUUUCCAGAAGAGGAAAAUCGACUUUUAAUUAUCCACGGUCUAAUAGACGAGAACGUCCACUUCUACCACACUACCCAGCUAAUCAACAGCCUAAUAAAAGCCGGAAAACCCUAUCAGCUUCAAAUAUACCCCAACGAAAGGCAUUCGCUGCGACAUUUAGAUGCUAGUAAACAUUACGAAACUACUUUGCUGUCUUUUCUACAAAACCAUUUGUAGAUGUAGAAAAAAAUUAGGCUACGGUCUUGACAAUUAUCCAGCAACCAGGACCAAUAUGAUUGGCCAAUAUAAUUAAAAGUCCGAAAAAAGUUGCCGAGCUAUGAAACCAGGUGUCGCUUUUCCGAACUUGCACGGUCCCAAUACUAAAUUCAAAUAAGUCAUGCAGUGCAUGUGAACAACAAUUUUAGUCUACAGUAUAGAUAGAUGGUACUCGUUUAUUUCCUACUACGUUGUAUUCAUACAAAAAAAUAUCUACAGACACUUUUUAACAAAUUUUUUCUAUCAAAUUUGGUAUGUAUGAAUUAAAAAUUACAAGUUAUUUUAACAUCCACAAAAAUAUACAGUGUGUCCCAUUUAAAUUAAAUAAGUUAAGGGUAUUUCCGGUGAAACCGGAAGUGGAAUAGUAACAAAAAAUAUGGCAACAGAUGCCUUUUGCGUUACUAUACGUGCAUGCAAAGUUUCAUAAAUAUUGUUCUUUUCGUUUCAAAGAUAUUUGUUUGGUUCCAUACUUUAUCCCAACCCAGUAUUUUCCCCUAAAUACAUUAUACAGUUGAGUCCGCGAGUCUUUACCCGUGCGUCAUUAAUACCUGGCGAGAUAAAACACAUAGUUUUUAUCUAGCAUCAUUCUCUUCCACGCAUGAAACUCAUGACAAACCAGCUGCCGUUUGUUAUUAAGUAAAAACACAUGUUAUUUUUAUGAACCAUCGAGACCCAGUGCAUUGAAAAGAGAUAGGUACAAAAAAGACGAUUCGGUAUGUUUUCAUAUUUUAAGCAGAAUUUGUUUGACGUUUCUGCUUUGUUUACUUGUGUGGCUGUCAGUCAGUUGAAUUUUUUGCGGUUUUUGUCGAAUUUUUGCGUUUUGAAGUUUCUUUAUAUUACACAAACAGUUGUUUUCACAACUAAUUUUAUAUUGGGCUUUGAAAUUUUAAGGUAAAUAAUUAUAUUUUGGCAAUUAAUAUUUAAAACAUACAAAGCUAACGUCAUUCACACAGUAAAGAAAUGAUUGUGUUUAGAUUUCCAUCAAAGUAAAUAAAAUAACAAAAAUAAAAUAUGUUAUUGAAUUUUUUUAUAAAUUGUUGAAGUUAUACUUCUUUAGGCGUGAUUGAGAGUAAAAUUUCAUAAUGAUGCGCGCAUGCGCACACAGACAGUAUGGCGUUUAGUUGCUAUCUUUCAAGUUCUGUAUAAAUAUUUCAGUGCAAGAAAAGGUGUGAAAAGAAUAUAUUAGUGUUUUUAGUAAAUAUAAUUAUUAUAAUUUUUGUGUGUUUGGAUUUGUCUUCCUCAGGAGUAAGAUGAGUAUUAUUAAAACAUUUUAUUGUAUAUUUAUUAUACUUCACCUUGCCUGUUUGUUACCGUGAAUUGUCAUUAGGUACGUCCGAACCGAUAUAGACACAGUCCUCGUAGGGUAUUUGGUAUAGCAUUCGCCCAGAGAUCGAGAGGUCUUGAGUUGAAAUCCGGAGCAAUCCUAUAUUUUUUUUUAUUUUUUUGAAAGCGGUAAGCACAAAAUUAUUUUGGUGUUAAAAAAAAUUAAAACAAACUGUUUAAAGUAUAUUUAUUUUUAAGAAAUCAUAUAAUAGAAGUAUAACUUCUUACGUGCGUACAAAGUACACACACAUUCUUUUUUAUUUAUUUAUUAUUCAAUAAUAAUAAAAGAAUUUAUUACUAGCUACUUCAAAUGUAGCUGUAAUUUUUCACAAAAAUUUUGAAGCAAAACUUACAUUUGACAUUCUAUAUAUUUGAUAACGUCAAAUUUUAUAAUAAAACCCAUAAUCGGAACAGUAGCCACUUUCUGUCAGUUGUUGUUGCGUGAAAUAGAUUUCCCACUUAUUUCUUAUGCUUUAAAUGAUGACGCACGGGUAAAGACUCGCGGACUCAACUGUACUUAAAUUAGUAAAUAGCAUUUAUAGAAAGUGACUGUAAUCUGAACAAUUAUUAUAAUGAUAGAAUACAUAGGCGAAAUAAAGAUUGUUUUUAGCGAACAUUUUAGAAAAUAUGGAAUAUUUCUAGCUUUCGUAAAUAAGUGUUGAAUGUUUUACUUUUGACUACCAGUUCUACAGUGUAGAUUACAUAAAUGCAAUUGAUUGUUGUAUAUACGUUUUUUUAAUAAACUUUAUUCUACUGUAAAAAAUAGUUAAGUUAUUUAUAUGAAAUUUAUAAUAAAUUGAUUGUUU